AUGGCAUCACCAAUGAUGCAGCAGCCGCCUAUGCCCAACGGCGGCGCAUACGGCCAUGGAUCAAUUCGCCAGUCCGCAUCACAUUCUCCCGCUUUUCCUCCGCUAUCGCAACCAGCUGCGGCUCCCAAGCAAACCCCGGUGCCCUUUCCUGUACCAGGUGCUGCUGCGAAUGGAGUCAAGCCGCCUGUUGUUCCGGUUGUCACCUCUGAUAUUCAGCAAGAAACUCAGCCAGCGUCAGCUCAACCAACGGGUAACGUGGACAAAAAUAAGAGAUUUCAUGACGACUAUGCGCGGCUCUCCGCUGCGAUCCAAGAAUCAGACCCGGAUGCAGUUAGACGUGCGAUUAGGGACAACCACCCAAAGUGUCUCCUUGGCUCACACUAUCACCUGGCUUUUCUUAUGAACGUCACCAUGCAUCAAGCCGACGUCGGAAUCUUCCAGAGAGCCGUCAGAGACUUUGGCGCAAGGUUCCUAGAGGCUGGCAAGCACGAGCUUAUCAAUGCCAUGACCACGGCUGACAUCGAUGAGGUGGCGGAUAAGAUUCUCGCCAAGGCCUCCGACACGUUCCUUGACAGAGCUCUCGUAGCUCGUCUGCCCACUAUCCAGGCACGUCGACUUGUUAAUGCCCUGGCGCGAGCGGAGAGGCUCGGAUACGAUGCUGCGGAUAUCGUCGAGAAUGAACAUGUCAUCCCCUCCUUGCCUGGAAACGCUCCUGCGGCUCCGGCCCAACAACAACAGCACCUACAGCAACAGCAACAGCAGCACCAGCAGUUGCAACAACAGCAUCAAGUUGCCCUCGCGCGUACGAACUCCUUCAAGAGUGUCAACCAAAAACCAGAGCUCCCUGUACAACCCCUGGAGCCAGCGGAUCCUGCCAACCCGCAAUGCCUCUACUGUCAGCGCACUUUCCCAGGGGUAUCGGCCUACCAACAUCACGUCAAGAAGAAGAUCUGUGUCAAGACGUCUCCGCUGUCAAGGUCGACUAGUGAGGCGUACAUGUGCCCUCACUGCGCGCAAAGAUUCGGCGGCAUGGCUGGUUUGCAAUACCACAUGAUGAACAAGGUGUGUGGCGACUUUGGCGAAGUCAUCAAGGACGAUAUUUCCUCGAUUCCGAAGGCGUCUCUGCCGCAACCAGUUCUCAACCCGCCCGUCAAACGGCCAGCUCCGGAUAGCGCCCCCAUGUACGUCGCCUCCGGUAGCAACAGCCCGGCAUACUCGAACACCCAGACACCUCGCGCUCCUUCCAGCUCUCAGGCGGUUGAUCUCUCGAAUGCUCCAUUGGGCACCCCUCAGCACAAGGACAUGGCCCAUCUCACAGUACAUCAAAUUGAGGCGCUGAAGGCCGAGUUGCAAUUAGCCGAAGAAGGAUUCAAGAUGAAAAUCGAAGCUGCGCAGAAAGCCGGUGGUGACCCGGAUGAACUGCAGAAGAAGCUGGCGGGAUUCAAGAACUCGUACGCAUGCAAGCAGUCCACGAUCCGCAAGAAGUACGGCAUCAAGCUGCGCCAGCGACGUAAUCGCGAGGAGAUGGAAUUGGAACGCCAGCGUAUGGGCAUGCCUGAUGGUGUACCUCGCGCAAUUCCUACGCCGAGUAAGGAAGGCCAUGCCGACAAGCGAGCUCGCCUCAAUGGAAAUGGUGAUGCGUCGGCGACGCAGACUCCGCGGGACCUCACACCGAUCCAGACCGUCGCGGUAACAGACAUGGCCAAUGGCCUCAACGGGUCCAACGCGACGGCCGCAACACAGGAUCCGACGGCGAGCAUGAGCAUGUCACACCCGCCUGCGUCCGCACAGCCGGUAGCAAGCCGGCCGCCGCCGUCGACAUAUCAUCAAGGCAACUAUAAAGUUGAGGUGCACGUCCCAAGCCCGUCGAAGAAGGUUGGGUCUGCUCCUCCGGACGAAAGCGCGAUGGACGCAACGCCGUCGAGGCCAUCGUCUAAUGGCGGUAUGACGGCCUUGCAGCUUCUCAAGCAAGUUGGGGGUGAUGCCAGAGCCCCUAUUGACUUGGACGACGUUGAGAGUUCCUCCGAAUCAGACUCUAGCUCUGAUGACGAAGAGUGA